AUGGCAGCAAAUAAUUAUUUCGGGUUUACUCAUGGAGGAACCCAAUACGGUGCCGCUACGGCAAGUGCAGCAUACGGUGGGCAGACUGGGUACGCCGUAGCCCCAGCAGCAACAGCAGCAACUUACGGCACCCAACGUGCCGCUGCCACAGGAUACGACACAGCAUAUCAAGCUGCAGCCGCUACUCAGGCAGCGGCGCAUGCCCACGCCCAUGCAGCAGCAGCGGCGGCUUCGGCCUAUGACGCGAGCAAGAGUGCGUACUACCAGCAAGCAGCUGCAGCCUACCCUACUGCGGCUCCUCCUCAGCCGCAGCCCACAUAUGAUGCAACUGCUGCUAAACCUGCCUACACCACACCAGCCACUUAUGCACAGUACGGCGGGCAGGGCGGCGGCGGAGCUGCGCGGGGCGGCGCCAAGGCGUACGGCGGCGUGUACACCGCCACCACGGCCGCCACCUCCUACCCCACGCAGGCCUACACCGCCACGCCCGCGCAGACCAAGCAAACCACCAACAGAGGCAACACCGCAUAUGACACUGCUCUCUACAACGCUGCUACUAUGUACGUCGCUCAACAAAACAAAACGGGCGGCGGAAGCGGCUGGAAGAACUACAACAAGAGCGGCGUGGGGGCGGGCGCGCGCCGGCCCAAGCCGCCGCCCAAGGCGCAGCAGCUGCACUACUGCGACGUGUGCCGCAUCUCCUGCGCAGGGCCUCAGACGUACAAGGAGCACCUGGAGGGGCAGAAGCACAAGAAGAAGGAGGCGGCCGUGAAGCUGGCGGCGGCGGGCGCGGUCAUGGCGCUGGCGCGCGGGGCGGGCGGCGGAGCGCUGCGCUGCGAGCUGUGUGACGUCACGUGCACCGGCGCAGACGCGUACGCGGCGCACGUGCGCGGCAUCAAGCACCAGAAGGUCGUCAAGCUGCACACCAUGCUGGGCAAGCCCAUCCCCUCCACCGAGCCCACCAAGCUGGGCCAAGGCGAGAAAGACAAGGAAGGCGACGACAAGGACGACGAGGGCGACGCCGAGCCCGAGGUGCAGCCCGUCGGCCAAGACUACAUCGAGGAGAUCCGCGGCGACGACGGCAAGGCGCUCAGCUUCAACUGCAAGCUCUGCGACUGCAAGUUCAACGAUCCCAACGCCAAGGAGAUGCACAUGAAAGGCCGGCGUCACCGUCUGCAGUACAAGAAGAAGGUGCAGCCCGACCUGGAGGUGAAGGUGAAGCCGUCGAUGCACCAGCGCAAGCUGGCCGAGGCCAAGGCGCAGCGCCUGCUGGUGCGCGACGAGCUGUGGGCGCGGCGCCGCAUGCACGACGGUAUGGAAGAGGAUGAGCGUAUGUACUGGGAGGGAGGCAUGGAGCCUUGGUGGGGACGCGGGCCGGUCCCGCCGCCCAUGCACCACCUUCACCAUGGCAUGGGUAUGCCUUACGGGCCUGUGGGACGGCGGCCCGAGACUUCGGACGACCGCCACGUGCUGGCCAAGCACGCCGAGAUCUACCCGGGCGAGCAGCAGCUGCAGGAGAUCCAGCGCGCCGUCAGCCACACGGAGAAGGCGCUCAAGUCGCUCUCCGACGCGCUCGCCGAGCAGGCCAAGCCGAAGGGCCAGACGCCAGCCAAAACUCCGGCUAAAGCGGAUGACAAAAAAGAUGAUAAACCUGAAGGCAAAGAGGACGGCCGCGAUAAUCAAUUGUUCUCGUUCGCGGCGGAGGGCGAGAGCGGCGCGGCGGAGAGCGGUGCCGGGGGCCGCGCGCUGAAGGGCGUGAUGCGCGUGGGGCUGCUGGCCAAGGGGCUGCUGCUCAAGGGCGACCGCGCCGUGCGGCUCGUGGUGCUGUGCCACGACCGGCCCACGGUGACGCUGCUCAAGCGCGUGGCGGGCGAGCUGCCCGCGCACCUGGCGCGCGUGCGCGGCGCGCCCGACGAGCCCAAGUACCGCGUGGAGCUGCUGGCGGCCGAGGGCGCCGUGAGCGUGACGGACGGCGCGGUCACGGUGCGCGUGUCGCUCACGUCGGCCGUCAUGCGCGAGCCCGCAGACGGUGGCGACAUAAAGCGAGACGACAAGGAUGUGCUCCCGCGCCAGAAGUGUUUGGACGCGUUGGCCGCCCUUCGGCACGCCAAGUGGUUCCAGGCUAGAGCCGCCACGCUGCAGUCGUGCGUCAUCAUCAUCCGCAUCAUGCGCGACCUGUGCCGCCGCAUCCCCAACUGGACGCCGCUCAACCCCUACGCGAUGGAGCUGCUGGUGUCGGGCGUGAUGCAGUCGGCCAGCGCGGCGCUGUCGCCGGGCGAGGCGCUGCGCCGCGUGUGCGAGGCCGUGGCGGGCGGCCUGCUGCUGGAGCACGGGCCCGGCCUCAGGGACCCCUGCGAGAAAGAGCUCGUCGACGCCCUGGGCAACUUACCGCCACAGAAACGUGAAGAUCUAACCGCUUCCGCGCAACAGUUCCUUCGACAGAUCGCCUUCAGACAAAUUUACAAGGUUCUGGACAUGGAGCCGUUACCCAAGUUAAAGCAUACGACAGGCCCGUGGAAGUUCCCCCGCAAGCGAAGGCGUUCUAACACUGACACCGAGGCUGACACCCCCAAUGGUGAAGGUAAGGUGGUCAAGACCGAGGAGAAGAUGGAUGCGUCUGAAAACACCGCAGCCGCCAAGAAGUAA